UCCUUUCUGCCAGUUCAUUCUUAGAUUGCGUUCUUUUCAAUUUCCAACCUGGCGUUCUUAGACAUACUCGACCCCAAUUCUUCUUCGUCCUGCCUUGAUGCUGAGCGAACUACCCUUAGAGGUCCUUCGACAUAUCAGCACAAACCUUUCGCCCGAAGCCGCUCUUUGCUUCGCUCAUAGUUGCCGACAUACGUACUGGGUUUUUGAUGAGUGGAUCCUAUGGCGCACCAUUGUUAAAGAAAGCACCCGAAUCCGGAAAACACCACAGCCAGGUGGCAUAAGGAAGAGCCGUAUAGUCAAUAAAGGUGGGAUGUCAGGCAUGCGUGUCGUUCGACCUGGAAAUGGACUUCGAAAUGUGACUGUCGUCGAAGACUAUCCACCACAGGUCGCAGUGUUUGGAUACACAAUGGCAGCACCUCUAGACCUUCGAACCAUGUAUGAUCAGUGCAAAGCCUUGGUCAGCAGACAGGAGUAUCCAUCUUCUUUACUGCGAUCACAGACCGAUGAUAGCAGGUGGUUCGAAUUCACGACGGAUCCAACAAGUCGCUUCGAUACAAAAGCGUGGCUUUCUGCACAAACCGCCAGCUUGUGCUUUGCCAUUGGCGCGCUGUCUGAUGCAGGAUAUGAUUAUCAGUCAGAGGAGCCUUUUGCACGUCUAGAGGACGUUCAGUGGUUCAACUCUACUAUCACCCAGCGAGAUUGCUCAGAGUCGCUGGUAAUGCAGCAUGCAUUGGCCAAUGCUGCAGUCGGUUCGUUCUGUCUGGAGCUCCGGGCAGCCCUCCAUGGUGAAAGAACCAUCGGUGAGGAUUUCGAGGGCACCUCUAAUCCACCAACAGCCUCGAGUAUCCCACUGGCAUCGCAGAUAGCACGAGGUCUCCCAUCAUCGCCCGACAACUUGAAGGACUCUCCGCCGAGUUGCUUGAUGGCAGCCGUAAGCCCUGAAUUUUUUGUUAACACUGCAUGGACUGGCUACCUCACCACUAGGGGAGACUGGCGGAGUGUAUACCACGGUAUCGGAUGCCACAACCUCAGGGAUCUACCUUCAGCAAGCUUUGUCGAUCAUAUGUACGGCACCGACGUUCCAGUAGUUAUCGACAAUACCGUGAGAUUCCGUGUUAUUGAUACUUUCGCGGAUGGUGACUUCAUUCUGCGAUCCAACUAUUUUCACACCCGCGACGACAUGUACACUUUGACCAUGCUGGUGGAAAGGCGAACCGGCAGACUGUCGAUCUGCAUGUCACGUCCUGGAGACGCUUCUCCUAAGUCGCUGCAGAUCGGUUUGAGAAACGCGCUCAACACACCGUUCGGUAUCGUUUAUGGCAUCGAGCCUGGCAGUUGGCUCUGGCUCUGGAAAGCGGAUUGGUCAGAUGAACAAAACAGGGCGAUAAAGAGGGAGAAGAUCAGAUUGUCCAUUGAACAUGGGAAGGGGAAUUGAAAACGCCCCAGUCAGAUCAAAAUCGCCAAAUGGGUCGGGAGUUUGGGUUGACAUCAGCAGGAGACUAGUGAUAUCCCUUGGUCAACAAUGCACGACCGGAACAUCCAGGGCCAUCCCGCCUUCACUCAUGAGCACAGGUCACCGACAUCUGCUUUGGGCAAUACCGCAGUCAGUAGGUGUAUGCUCACCGACCCAAACCAGGCCCAUCUAGUGCUGAAGGCCGAAGCUCCAGAGAAUAAAUGGGUAACGGAAUCCGUGUCAACAGCAGAUGUGCCAGUGCAUAC